UCAGGAAAUGAAAGUAUGUUCAAUUUACAGGAAACAUAUUCACAUACGCAGGCAGUCUUCACUCAGACUCAUCUUCACUGCACAGCUAUAGACUUCACUUUUGAUAACAUGGGUGCUAAGGUGUCAAAGGCAGUUCCAGAGACAAACAGAAGAAUUGUCAUGUUGGGAGAAACUGGAGCUGGGAAAAGCAGCCUGGCUAACACCAUAUUUGGAGAGAAUGUGUUUAAGGUUGACCAUGGUCUCAACUCUGGAACAAAAAAAUGUCAAACAGAAGCCAAAUCUGUCAAUGGAAAAGGCAUCACUUUGAUCGACACUCCUGGUUUCUUAGACACAGAUAGUUCUGAGGAGGAGCUGAUUUGUGAGAGAGUGAGGUGUAUCACAGAGUGCGCUCCUGGGCCUCAUGCUUUUCUCAUUGUGCUUAAAUAUGAGAAAUUCACAAAGCAGAAGCAGGAGGUCAUCAACAAAAUAAACAAACACUGUUCUGAAGAAGUCUUCAAAUAUGCAACAGUUGUCUUUACUUAUGGUGACCAGCUCCCUGAAGGACAGACAAUUGAGGAUCAUGUCCGCAAGAAUGAGCUUGUGAAUGAUCUGGUGAAGAAGUGUGGUGGGAGGUGCUUUGUCGUUGAUAAUAAAUACUGGAACAAAAAGCAUAAAUACAGGAGCAACAAGUUCCAGGUGGUGGAGCUACUUAAGUCCAUAGACAAGAUGGUGAAAGAAAGCAAUGGAAGCUGCUACACCAAUGAGAUUCUACAAGCAGUGGAGGAGGAAAUACAACAAGAGGACGAGCGCCAGAGACCAGGAAACAUGUCAGAGGAAGAGAUCAGAGAGCAGGCUAAGUGCAGCGUAUUUAAGAAGAUUCCGACCAAACUGGCAGAAUCAGCGGUGGCCUCUUCGACUAUGUUUGACCCAGCAGCAGACCCUCACCCCCAGCAGUCCAAUGAUGCCUUUGAUAUUGUGUCAAAGACAGUUACAGAGACAGACAGAAGAAUUGUCAUCUUUGGAAAAACUGCAGCUGGGAAAAGCAGCCUGGCUAACACCAUAUUUGGAGAGGAUGUGUUCAAAAUCGACCAUAGUCUCAACUCUACAACAAAAAAAUGUCAAGCAGAAACCAGGUCUGUCAAUGGAAGAAGCAUCACUUUAAUCGACACUCCUGGUUUCUGUGACAUGGACAGAUCCGAGGAUAUUGAGCGUGAGAUAGUGAGGUAUAUCACAGAGUGCGCUCCUGGGCCUCAUGCUUUUCUCUUUGUGUUUAAAGUGGAGAAAUUCACAGAGCACGAGCAGGAGGUCAUCAAAGAAACAAUGCAAUACUUUUCUGAAGAAGCUUUUAAAUAUGCAACAGUUGUCUUUACUCAUGGUGACCAGCUCCCUAAAGGAAAGACAAUUAAGGAUUUUAUCAGAAAGAAUAAGCUUGUGAGUAAUCUGGUGAAGAAGUGUGGUGGGAGGUGCUUCGUCAUUGAUAAUAAAUACUGGAACCAAAAGCAUAAAUACAGGAGCAACAAGUUCCAGGUGGAGGAGCUUCUUAAGUCCAUAGACAAGAUGGUGAAAGAAAACAAUGGAAGCUGCUACACCAAUGAGAUGCUACAAGCAGUGGAGGAGGAAAUACAACAAGAGGAGGAGCGCCAGAGACCAGGAAACAUGUCAGAGGGAGAGAUCAGAGAGCAGGCUAAGUGCAGCAUAUUUGAGAAGAUUUCGACCAGACGGGCAGGUACUGCAACAGAAUCAGCAGUGGCCGCUUCAUCUGAGUUUGACCCAGCAGCAGACCCUCACCCCCAGCAGUCCAAUGAUGCCUUUGAGGGUGAGUCAAACAGAAGAAUUGUCAUUGUGGGAAAAACUGGAGCUGGGAAAAGCAGCCUGGCUAACACCAUAUUUGGAGAGAAUGUGUUCAAGAUCGACCAUGGUCUCAACUCUGGAACAAAGAAAUGUCAAGACAAAACUACAUCAGUCAAUGGAAGAAUGAUCACUUUGAUCGACACUCCUGGUUUCUUUGACACAGAUAGAUCUGAGGAGGAUAUUAAGCGUGAGAUAGUGAGGUGUAUCACAGAGUGCGCUCCUGGGCCUCAUGCUUUUCUCAUUGUGCUUAAAUAUGAGAAAUUCACAACACAGGAGCAGGAGGUCAUCCAAGUAAUACUCAAAAACUUUUCUGAAGAAGCUUUAAAAUAUGCAACAGUUGUCUUUACUCAUGGUGACCAGCUCCUUGAAAAAAAGGCCAUUAAGGAUCAUGUCUGCCAGAAUAAGCUUGUGAGUGAACUUGUGAAAAAGUGUGGCGGGAGGUGCUUCGUCAUUGAUAAUAAAUACUGGAACAAAAACCCAAAGGAUGAAUACAGGAGCAACCAGUUCCAGGUGGAGGAGCUACUUAAGUCCAUAGACAAGAUGGUUGAGGCAAACAAAGGAAGCUACUACACCAAUGAGAUGCUACAAGCAGUGAAGAAAGAAAUACAACAAGAGGAGGAGAACCUUAAACAGUCAUCAGGAAACAUGUCAGAGGAAGAGAUCAGAGAGCAGGCUAAGGUCACAGUAUCCACAAAUAUUUGGAUCAGACUGGUAGGUACUGCAACAGGUAUAGUGUUAGGAGCUUUGCUUGGUGUAGUAGUGGGUGGAGCAGUAUGUGUUACAGUUGGAAGAAAAUGUAAAGAUCUAGUCGGAUUAGCAAAAUCAGUGGCAGGAGGAGCAGCAGCAGUGGCAGGGGGAACAUCUGCAGGAGGAGCAGCAGCAGUGGCAGGAGGAACAGCUGCAGUGGCAGGGGGAACAUCUGCAGGAGGAACAGCAGCAGUGGCAGGAGGAGCAGCUGGAGGAGGAACAGCAGCAGUGGUGGUAGUAGGAACAGUUGCAGCAGUGGGAGGUGUAUUAGGGGGCAUGAGAGGAUCUGAAGCAGCUGAGGGAGCAGACACAGCAUUGGAAGCUAUAAAGAGGGCAGCAGUGGCUGUCACGGAUGACGCCAAAUCUGUCUAUGAUGCUUUUGACAAAAUGUUCACAUCAAAGUCAAAACAGAGUUAAAACCUAUGAAAAAUUAAGGGGUAGAUAAUAUAUCAUCAAGGUCGUAUCUCCUUAUAGAUUACAUAGAAAUCUUGUUCUAAAUAAUCUUUACCCAUUGAGCUGAUUGUUUUUUUAUGUAAUUGGUUGUACUUCUUGUCUGAGCUUUAAAAUUUAGCCACUUAUUCCUGUUUCAUGAGCAAACCACAGUGUCUGUUUGAUGUGCUGUUUAGUGCACUUACUCUAAAUUGUAACUACCAACAACAAAGAUGAUAUGUUUGAACAUCAUAUCUUAAAGAUGUUUAAAUCAAACAAGGAUACACUGUUGGUUGUAUUUCUGUUUGCUCUUAAUAGUUUCCUGUUACAAAAGCUAACCAGAUAAUGUCUUUUAAUGUAUGUACAGUCUUCUGAUGCUCCUGCAAAAACAGUUGUGAUUAUUUGAGGAUUGCAAUGUAUCAAAAGCAAAUAUGGAAAAUGUGAAAAAAAAAAUGUGGGGGAAAAAAGGUAAUUAAUAAGGUAAUCAAUUUAUGAAUGGUGCACUAGAAUGUGAUUAUAAUAGAGGAGGUCAGAUAUGUUUAUCACAGAUAAAUGUAAAGAGUGAAACAAGACUCUUCAGCCAUGCUAGCAGCUCUGUGAGGCUGUACUAUAGGCACAGCUGAUGUCAGCAUACUCACAUCCUCACAAUGCUAAUGUUUAAUGUUAAUCAUGUUCAUCAUCUUGGUUCAUCACUAUGGCAACUGAUAAUUAGCACAAAACAGUUGAGGCUGAUGUUAUUGGUGGGAUGUCAUUAAUUCUGCAGGUAUCUGGUCAUAAAGUAUACACAUUGAAAAUGUUGAGCUGAUGAUGAUGCUAGAUAAUAGAUUUUACACAAUGGUGUGACAAAAACAAAGUCAGAUUGUAAUUCUGUUAAAAUAAAAUUAAGUCAACACACUGGAACACUGGUUAACAGCAGAAGAGAAGUUGUUUAAGUGGGAAGAAAUGUAUUUAUGUAUUGUAAUGUAUUGUAUCUGAGACACACAGGCACUCUGGUUGCUGAUAAGGAAGCUUCUCGUGUUAUACAUGGAAACUCUCAAAACAGCCUAACACAGAUCUGUUCAGUUACUUAUUUUAUUUUGUAAGGUUUUGGAGAAAAAUACCUGUCCUUUUGUCUUGAUAAAGUAUCAGUAUUGAAACAUUUGAAAGAAGUCAUUUGAGCAAAUACAGAAAAUGAAUGGGUGGCAGAAAGGCACUGUUUUCUAUACUGACACUGUGGACUAAGGUUACCUCUUUAAGCAGCACUGUACAUGCAGAUCAGAAAGAUGGCUUUCUUAACGAAAAGUGCAUUUUUAACCCCAAAAAGACUAAAUUUGUCUGUUUAUGGUUUUUAACAGAGCUGUAGUAGGUGCAGAUAGGCCUAUAACAAUUGGUGACAAAUGGAAAAACAAAGUAAUAAAUUGUAGCCGGUAUCCUGUUAUCAGACAAGUUGAAAUUGGGUGGAGACAGCAGACACGUAGACCCUUGUACUUUGUACAUCAAUUCAGGAAAUGAAAGUAUGUUCAAUUUACAGUAAACAUAUUCACAUACACAGGCUUCACUCGGACUCAUCUUCACUGCACAGCUAUAGACUUCACUUUUGAUAACAUGGACGGUAAGACAUAAGUUAAUUGAUUUCAGUUUGUCUUGGUUUAGUUUGAUUUUUUUUUUCAUAAUGUGAUAAAAAAAAAAGUUGAUUAAAAUUUGAUCCUUUCUUCA